CGUGACUGUUCAGUGAAGUUCCCUUUUUGUACCAUCUCGGUCCUCCAACACUUCCCAGUCCUGUUAUUCCUCAAUCUCAUGAUUUCAUAGAGAAUGAAGCUCAUCACAGAGACUGUUAUUACUCCUCUCAGGAGCAGAAAGAAAUCUUGCAGACAGUUUUCAAAAUCUGUCCUGACAUAUCUCUGGGAUGUUUACUCUGCACCUACACCUGGCAGCAGGAGAGACAUCCUGACUCUGUUGUCCCUCUGUUUCACAAUCACCAUCAUCACUGGGGGCCUGCUUCUUCACUGGCUCUCCAAGACUCUGAGAUAUGGCCAUGACGUGUCUGUUCAGACCGCCUGCAUCUACAGCGUGGCCAUGUUUCUCGUCUCAUUCCUGUGUCACCCUCUGCGCUGUGUGUUGACCAUGAUUCUGCCCACAGUCUGCACCAAACAGGGACGCAAACUCCUCAUCUCAGCCUCUGUCAUGAUUCUAGUGGUGAACGUCAUCCCCAAUAUUACUGUGAAUGUAGGGGCAGUAGCUCACGUCUUGAAGUGCACCGCUGAGGGAUUCACUAAGACUUUGAUAAACUCAUCUGAACCCUUGAACAAGGCCAAGGAAGAACUCGUUGAAGAAACCAUCAGAGUGAAGAGGGAGGACUUGAGCAUUGUCACCAAUUUAAGGAAGUUAGAUCAUUUCACACAUGUUGACGUGUCAGAAGUCAAAAGCAGGUUUGCCAAAAUGAUCGGGCAGAUGGAGAUCAACUUCUCAUACACCGGGAACCAGCUAAAAGAGUGCAAACUGCUGUCGAACCGUAUUCUUGCUGCCAUUUUUGUUGCUUUACUGAUCUUUGAAACUUCAUGCUACUUGAAAUCGUAUCUAACAGCAGUUCAGUUUGACAAUGGCAUCGUCUCCAAAGAGCUCCUGAAAGAAACAACUGCUGCUGGUGACAGAAGGCCAGCGGAAAAUAAAAUCAGUCUCUCAAGAUGUAGAAUAACAAAUCAGGAAUGUACCUCAUGCUUCAUAUCACUGGUUGUGGUAACAUUAUAUUUCACUGCGAUAACUUCAAUAGUAGCUUUGGAUCAUGUUGUAUAUCAUGUAGUUCAGGUGACUAUGCCCUGGUUACUGGAUUUUCCACCUACAUCUGCAGGCAUAAGUGUCAGUUAUAAGGUUCAAUGGUUCGCCCCUGCAUUCUGUCUCAUCCCACAAUCCUGCAUCACACGGGAGCUGGCAAACUUCCACAAGGAUUACAAGUGGACCUUCAGCCCCGAGCCAUCGCUCUGUGAUGUGACAACUUCAGCUCCGAACCUGGGUGUCACCCUCCUGCUGGGGUGUCUCUGGCUGAUGAGCUACUCCCUGGUGUUCCUCGAGGUUUACGCCAGACGGCUCUGCAGGAAAAUCUCUGCCUCCUUUUUCAGAGAGCAGGAGGAGCGGAGAGUGGCUUACUCGAUGAAGAAAAUACAAGCGAGGCAGAAUAAAAAAGAGAAAAACUGACUAUUUUUGUGCAGAAUGCCUGUGGCUGAAGUGGUCACUAGACAAUGCACAUCACAAGAUUGUGAGCAUGUUAGUAUACAUUAGCAUUCAGCUCAAACUGUGUCUGACUUCUGCUCCACCUACAGUACACUUUUAAUUUUAAGUUUGUAUUGCACCUCAGUGGUCUUAGGCUAAAUUUAUUUUUCAGCAAAAUAAAAACUGAUGAAAGAGCUUCCUGUGUGUGUGUCACAGUCACAACAUCUCUUCCCCUGUAAGAGAAUCAGCACUCAGCAGGCAUUCACCCUUUGCCCUGAUGUGGUUCUUAAGGGCUGUAACAUCUGCUCAGAUUGCAUCCAUCUUGUUUGUUUGACAGACACACGUCUGCUAACAGCUUCUUUUUUUUUCCAUAGAAAGUUGUUUUCGUUUUUCCUCUUGUGUUCUUCAGGCUGUUAUUUCUUAUUUUUUACUCGUCUGACCCACUAGAUGACGCUGUGGUGCUUUGGAAAAAUGAGGACAGAGAAUAAUAUUGUGACUCCUGUCUGGAAAUGAACAUCAACAGACGAGAUCUUACCCUUUUGUUUUGCUCAGUAUUGUAUUGGCUUGGAUAACUUUUAAUACUCUGCAUGAAUCUGCUUAAUGCACACAUCUAAUAAUUUACCGGCCUAUUUUAAUGUGGCCUUACAAAAAUAUCAAUUUCUCUGAAACAGUCCUUCUAAUAUCAAUAUGUUCCUGCUUCAAAUUUCCCAUGAGGCUUCACAAGUUUAUUUUAAGACCUCACCUUGGAAUAAAAAUAGAUAACAUCCUUGUCAUCUAUUUUUUCUCCUGACAACGUCAUGGUUCUCUUGAAAUGCAGCAGUCUGUGUAACCACGUUGUUCCAGAUAUUAUAAAUAACCCAUAUAUUGUCUUUUACUACGAGUCUCACAUCUGGUUGUUGUAAAAUGUAAUAAUUGAUACCUAACUUUCAAUUGUCCCCCUCUCUCGUUCCUUAAGCAGCUUCAAGGUUGGAGAAAAUCAACUUAUCCCAUAUAGUUUGACAGAAUGAUUAAAUGCAUAUAUUCUGUUUCAAAGUAA